AUGGAAACCCAUGUGGGACAAUUCGUAUGCAGGAAAGCAAAAGCAGGAGCUUUGGCCAAAUUGCGUAAUAUGAGACUACAAAAUGGGGAUAAAAAUGUGGACGAGAUUCCCAUGGAACUGGAAGUCAUGGAAUAUCCAAUAGUGGACGACACAUUAAAACAUGAGAGUCAGACAACCCGUGCAAAGACUUGCAAUUUAGUCCCACGAUUAAGAGUUACACCCUUGAAACAUAAAAACCUAAAAAUUCAAAAUGAGCCCAACGUCGUAAACCCAUUCUCAAAUCGUGCAAAUGGACAACAGUUGACUGAGACAAAAUUCAUUUACAGCUCACAUGUAACGGAAGAUCAUAGUUUUCCCAUUUUUGACAUAAAAUUUCAUCAGAAUUUGGCCGACAAAAAUAUUUUUGCCACCGUUGGACGCAACCGAGUAACCAUUUACGAAUGCACAAAUAAAGGGAGCAACAAGAAUAUGGUUCCCUUGCUAGCAUACGAAGAUCCGGAACCAAACGAAACAUUUUACUCGUGCGACUGGUCAGAAAAUUCUGCAGGCAGGCCCGUCCUCGCGGCGGGGGGAAAGAUGGGUAUAAUUCGUAUCUUUGAACCCCCAAAGGAAAAAUGUGUUCGAGAAUUUGGGGCACAUGGAUGUCCUUUAAAUCACGUUCAAUUUCAUCCCAAAAACCCUAAUUUGCUUCUCUCCGCGUCUAAAGACUACUCACUCCGUUUGUGGAAUAUUGAGACGGGUUAUCUCAUUGUGAUUUUUGGAGGGGACGAAGGUCAUCGGGCAGAAGUUCUUGGCGCCGAUAUUGACAGAACGGGAAGUCGAAUCGUGUCCUGUGGGAUGGAUCAUUCUUUGAAAGUGUGGAGUCUGACGGACGCAAAAAUUCAGGACGCGAUCCAGCUUUCGUAUCGAUACAAGAGGAAUUCCAACAAACCAUUUCCAACCGUGCUGCAAAACUUCCCAGUCUUUUCAACGCGAGAUGUUCAUUCGAAUUACGUUGACUGCGCCAAGUGGUUUGGAGAAUUGGUUUUUUCAAAGUCCUGCGACAACGAUGUGAUUUGCUGGAAAGCUGGAAACGUAUCGCAAUCAUGGGCUGAAAUCGAGUCGAAAAUUUGCGAAGAAAGCUCAAUCAUAAAACGACUGGAUGUCUCAGAUUGCGACGUUUGGUUCAUUCGAUUCUCGUUUGACCCGAUGAUGAAAACUCUCGCACUUGGUAACGAGGUUGGGAAAAUAUUUAUCUUCGACGUCUCGGUGGCGGAUCCUCUAAGUUUGAUGCAAGGGACGGUCUUAUCCCAUCCUAGUUGUGAUUCGACCAUUCGCCAGACCGCAUUUUCGAGGGAUGGGUCAACUCUGAUUUGUGUGUGCGAUGAUGCCACGAUUUGGCGAUGGGAUAUAAAUGAGAAACGUAAUGAUAAGAAAGAAGAAUAA